GGGUAGCCCCUGGUCCCCGUGACCGUGCAGGCCUGCGGGGGCUGAACGAGGUGCGUCGGGUCCGGUGGUAGGAGAAACAUGAGCUCCCAGCCCCAGGAGAGGCCUUCGGGGAUGGAGUGGUCAGACGGGGAAGGGCAUUCCUGGUGAGGGAACAGCAAGGACAAAGCAAAAGUCCACCUGGCGUGAGGGUCAGUGCAGCAGGAGGGCAGGCAUGCCUGAGUCCAGGGGGGAGGUGGUCUGAGCCUACCUGGAGGGUGGGCUUCUGCUGCUGCUUCCAGAGGCCAGAGGCCCCCCCCCUCAGGCACACGACCCCUCCUCUCAGACACUACUGUUCCUGGGGUCCGGGGAGGCCAGCAGGCCCUUCCCUCUGCUCAUGAGGGGUCUGAGACACUUGACAGGGCCACAGCCAGCAUGGGCUCCAGCCUGCACCCUAGGCCAUUCUCGGAGGGUCACUCACGGGCCUCUGAGCCCAGCAGGGUCGGGUCAGCACCCUCACUCUGCUGGGGAGGGUACUCUGGUGUACCCAGGGCCACCAGCUGGCCAGAGACACAGUAGACGCUCAAGUCUCCACGGAGGCGAAGGCUGGGCAGCGCUGGCCACACCCCCAGGUCCCUGAGGCUCCCAAGUUGGCGAGGAGCUGGGUUGGGGGUGGGUGGGCUGCUCUCCCCUCCUCCUUCCUAGGCCCGCCAGUGGGGGUCAUCUGGGACCUCAAACCCUCAAUGCCACCCCUUUCGCCCUGACCCUACUCAACCAUCUCCUGGAACCCUGCACAAAUCCCUGGGGUCAGAAUCCUCCAGAAAGGCAGUGUGGGAAGGUGUCCCUGCUGUGCCCCUCAGCCUAGGUGACAGGACCCCCGUCAGGACAUGAGGUGAGACCCGAGUUGGGCUGUGGAGGGCACCCUGGGAUGGAGUGUACUGCCCUGGGGGCCACAUCUGCCGCCAUGCCGCUGUUGUCCUGUCUGCCCGGGGUGGGACCCUCGACUCACGGGGGCCACUGGGGCUGUGGGGGCUGUGUCAGGUCUGCUGGGUGAGUUGUCCAUGCAGGGGACACAGGAUGAGCAUGGCACUGGCCAGCUGGGCUGGGACCCUGCACUGAGAGUGAGUGGGAACCAGCACAAUACACAGUGACCACACUGGCCUUUUGUGAGAGGAUGCCAAGUACCCAUGGUGGGGGGACCUCCUCCCCUGUGAAAGGGGAGAGCAUGGAAGGUGUGGCAAGCCCUGAAAGCAGCUGACAAUGACUCUUAGGAGCAGGGAUUCAGACCAGGACGACAUACAGCUGCAGGAUAGAAGCUGACAGUCACGCCAGGUGUCAUGCACUGAGCGGUGGGCACUGGGCUGACACUGGAGCUGGCGUGUUUGAAGCAAAGCCCUGGUCUCAUCCCCCUACCUUCCCAGAUUGGCCAUGAGAACCCUGUCACGCCUAGGGCAUCUGCUUGAGGCAGCUUCAGCCAAAGGGCUGGCCAGAGAACUCCAGAUAGCAAGAGGGAUGCAAGAUGCCAGCCUGGACAACACACGUGCCCCAGGUGUGAAAGGCAAGAGGAGCCGAACACAGGAGGAAAGAGGCAGGGGGACCUGCCUGAGGCAGAGUCAGGACCCAGGUAGCCCCAGCCCAGGGUGCCCACGGGGAGCUGGGCUGGCCCAGGAAGCUCAAGGUGGCACCGUCUUGCUAGUCCUGGGCCCGACUUGGGGCGACUGCAACAGUUUCGGGACAGGGCCCGCCACCCUGCCCCACACUGCCCAACUAGUCAGUUCUGUCGACCCCAGGCCUCACCCCCUGCACCACCCCCCCUCCGACUCGCUCCAGCAGAUUAAUUUAUACUGACGUGGAGGUAGAGACUGUGCCUGCUGCAGAGCUUUGGGGUUUCCCUGUGAUUGGAAAGGCAACAUUGUUGCAGCACUUCCCCCUGAAGGCACAAAGGAGAGAAGGGAGCCUGACCCUACUUUCCAGCAACAACUGCUGUCAAUGCUCCAGGACAGUUCUUUAGUCUUCUUGACUCUGUGCCCACAUUUCCUGUGUUCACGAAAGUGGGCACCGUGCAUGCACCGUCUCCUAAUCUUCUUGGUGAUACAUCUCUCCACCUCAGUGUGGUGUCACCACAUCCUCUUUUGGGCCUGCGAUGGGGGCAGAAACAACACCCGGCCCUCCCCCGAGCUCAGAACGGAUGGAAAAAGGACACUGAGGGACCAGAAGGAGCUCAGGGGGCUGGGCUGAUGGCCAGGAAGGUGGCUGGCCUGUGUGGCUGGGGCUGCGCCUCGGAAGGGAAGUCCACUCCUGUGGUUGGAAUUGGACGAGCCGGGCCUCACCUGCCUGCCCACCCCACCUCCAGAAGCCCUGUCCUCCCCUCCCAGGGAGACGAUGGGGAUCUGCCAGUGUCGCAUCUCUGCAGCUGCCCCUCUGGGGCUGGUGUUCACCGUCGCGCAUCGGGCCCAGCAUGCCCCCUCACUGCAUCCUCGGCGAUUUCUACGCAUCGCUUUUCAGAGCUGGUCUCCUCAGCCAGGAGGAUGAACGCGUGUGAGGCUUCAAAGCUGACUUUAUUUUAAAGUAUUCCUUUUUUUGUCUAAGUUGAAGAAAAUAAUUUCAUUUCUGCUCUUAAGUUUUUCGCUUAGUUCCUGGAAAGCCUGCACAUAUGUCGUCAACAGUUAAUCAGAUUGAAGCCUCAGUGGCCAACUCUGGCUCCAGCGAAGGGGAGUUGCAUUUUAAAGGACCUUAAAAGAAAGGAGGCUGCUCCAUCUCAGAACUCGCCUGUUUGGACUCCCUCGGCUCUGCCUCUGGUCUCAGCUCUGGGAGGCUGACGCAGUCCCCACCAGGGCGGGGGCCCUGAAGAGCUGGAAGCCCAAGGGCCCUGUUCUGGCCCCAGGGCCUGGGGGCACCUGCCGCCAUGGGCCAGGAGGAGGAUGGACAUGGACGCAACCCUGGGACGCAGCAGCAGCUCUGCAGAACCAAGGACAGAUUGAUUCACUUUGGAGCCGUAAGUACUGAUGUAUUAGGGUGCAGCCCUCGUUGUUCAUUGACGCAGAGCCCCAAAAUGAGUGUCCAAGAGCAGGGUUUCCCCUUGGACCUCGGAGCAAGUUUCACCGAAGAUGCCCCCCGGCCCCCAGUGCCUGGUGAGGAGGGUGAACUGGUGUCCACAGACCCCAGGCCCGUCAGCCACAGCUUCUGCUCCGGGAAAGGCCCCGGGAUCAAAGGUGAGACGUCAACAGCCACUCCGAGGCGCUCGGAUCUGGACCUGGGGUACGAGCCCGAGGGCAGCGCCUCCCCCACCCCCCCGUACUUGAAGUGGGCCGAGUCACUGCACUCCUUGCUAGACGAUCAAGAUGGGAUAAACCUGUUUAGGACUUUCCUGAAGCAGGAGGACUGUGCUGACCUGCUGGACUUCUGGUUUGCCUGCAGCGGCUUCAGGAAGCUGGAGCCCUGUGACUCGAAUGAGGAAAAGAGGCUGAAGCUGGCCAAAGCUAUUUACCGAAAGUACAUCCUUGAUAACAAUGGCAUCGUGUCCAGGCAAACCAAGCCAGCCACCAAGAGCUUCAUAAAGGACUGCAUCAUGAAGCAGCUGAUCGAUCCUGCCAUGUUCGACCAGGCCCAGACGGAAAUCCAGUCCACCAUGGAGGAGAACACCUACCCGUCCUUCCUCAAGUCCGAUAUUUAUUUGGAGUACACGAGGACAGGCUCAGAGAGCCCGAAGCUCUGUAGCGACCAGAGCUCUGGGUCAGGGACAGGGAAGGGCAUACCUGGAUACCUGCCCACUUUGAAUGAAGACGAGGAGUGGAAAUGUGACCAAGAUGUAGAUGAAGACGAUGGCAGAGACCCUGGUCCCCCUGGCAGGCUCACGCAGAAGCUGCUGCUGGAGACGGCUGCCCCGCGGGCCUCCGCAAGUAGACGGUACAGCGAAGGCAGAGAAUUCAGGUAUGGAUCCUGGCGGGAGCCUGUCAACCCCUACUAUGUCAACUCCGGCUACGCCCUUGCCCCAGCCACCAGCGCCAACGACAGCGAGCAGCAGAGCCUGUCCAGCGAUGCCGACAGCCUGUCCCUCACCGACAGCAGCGUGGAUGGAGUCCCUCCGUACAGGAUCCGCAAGCAGCACCGCCGGGAGAUGCAGGAGAGCGUCCAGGUCAAUGGGCGGGUGCCUCUACCUCACAUUCCCCGCACUUACCGAAUGCCAAAGGAGAUCCGCGUGGAGCCGCAGAAGUUUGCCGCGGAGCUCAUCCACCGCCUGGAGGCCAUCCAGCGGACGCGGGAGGCUGAGGAGAAGCUGGAGGAGCGGCUGAAGCGCGUCCGGAUGGAGGAAGAAGGUGAGGACGGCGACGUGUCCUGUGGCCCCCCAGGAGCCAGUCACAAGCUGCCUUCUGCCCCAGCCUGGCACCACUUCCCGCCCCGCUAUGCGGACAUGGGCUGCACCGGGCUGCGGGAUGCGCACGAGGAGAACCCCGAGAGCAUCCUGGACGAGCACGUGCAGCGGGUCAUGAGGACGCCUGGCUGCCAGUCCCCGGGGCCCGGCCACCGUUCCCCUGACAGCGUACACGUGCCCAAGGUGCCAGGGGUGCUGGGGGGCAUAGCUCCCGGGCACGGUAAGCACGCACUCAAGUCGGGGGCGAAGCUGGACGCCGCCGGCCUGCAUCUCCACAGGCACAGCCACCACCAUGGCCACCAUGGCUUGGCCAGGCCCAAAGAGCAGGCCGAGGCCGAGGCUGCCCGCCGGGUCCAGAGCAGCUUCUCGUGGGGCCUGGAGCAGCAUGGCCACACGGCCAAACCCCGCAGCCACUCCGAGAGUGUGGGCGCUGCCCAUAUCACCAGCGACGGCCUGGCCUACAGCGGGAAGGCGGGCACCACCUGCAAAAGAAACACCAAGAAGGCCGAGUCAGGGAAGAGCAUGGGGGCCGAGGCACCAGGCCCCUCAGAGGACGCGGAGAAGAACCAGAAGAUCAUGCAGUGGAUCAUCGAGGGAGAGAAGGAGAUCAGCAGGCACAGGAAGGCGGGCCACGGAUCUUCCGGGACAAAGAAGCAGCAGGGGCAUGAGAGCUCCAGGCCCCUGUCCAUCGAGCGUCCGGGGGCCGUGCACCCCUGGGUCAGCGCUCAGCUCCGGAACUCCGUCCAGCCCUCUCAUCUCUUCAUUCAAGACCCUACCAUGCCGCCCAACCCAGCCCCCAACCCUCUGACCCAGCUGGAGGAGGCCCGCAGGCGCCUGGAGGAGGAGGAGAAGAGAGCCAGCAAGCUCCCCUCGAAGCAGAGGUAUGUGCAGGAGGUCAUCCAGCGGGGGCGCUCCUGCGCCAGGCCAGCGUGCACGCCCGUGCUGAGCGUGGUGCCAGCGGUGUCCGACCUGGAGCUCUCCGAGACAGAGACGAAGUCGCAGAGGAAGGUGGGCAGUAGCAGCACCCAGCCGUGUGACAGCAUCGUUGUGGCCUACUACUUCUGUGGGGAGCCCAUCCCCUACCGGACCCUGGUGAGGGGCCGCGCCGUCACCCUGGGCCAGUUCAAGGAGCUGCUGACCAAGAAGGGCAACUACAGAUACUACUUCAAGAAAGUGAGCGAUGAGUUCGACUGUGGGGUGGUGUUUGAGGAGGUUCGCGAGGAUGAGGCCGUCCUGCCCGUCUUCGAGGAGAAGAUCAUCGGCAAGGUGGAGAAGGUGGACUGACCGCAGCCUGGCCUCUGCGCCCGGCUGGGCCCUGUCAGGCGGGCGGGGCAGCCACGCUGAGCCACGAAGGGUGCGCAUGUCAUGUGCUGUCAUGCGUGUGCCUGACACACGGCUGCUGGGGAGGCCAGCUGCUGCCCGCCCCCCACCACCCACCCCUUGGUCCAUCUGUCCAGGUGGUGGUCCCUCCGAGUGGUCCCACAGGCUUCCAUCCCGCUGCCGACGAGGAGGGAGCCCGUCUGCCCUCCACGGCAAUACUCGGAGGGGCCGGCCCAAUGACCCACCCCAGCGGCCCUGCUGCUGACCACAGGCUGGCCCACUGGCGCCUCGCCGGGUCACCCCACCACGGGCUCUGCUUCUUCCUCUGGGACUCACCACCACGCCCUGCCCUGGUCGGGACCCGCGAGGCCUCUGUAAACUGUACAUGUCACCGAGUGCCUUCAACGCAGCUUGUCUCUUGCCCGCCACUAUGGACCUGGCAGCGGAGCGCCGCAGUGCCCUCCCUUCUCCGCCCUCAGGUCCCCAAGCGCCGGCUGUGUGGGACCUAGGUCCCCCUUCCCAAGGGCCCGUGUAAAUAUGUACAUUUCUCAGGCCAGGGCCAGCGGGGGGCUGCCCCGGGCCCGUUUUUCAUGCGCUGACUUGUACAAUUAUCUUUUCAAAGGUACUUGGAUAAGAAUGAAAUAAAACCAUUUUUGAACCUUC